AUGGAUGUGAGGUGGAACUCCACCUAUCUCAUGCUUAAGCAUCUUGUUCCUCACAAGCAAACAUUUGGUGUUUUCAUCCAAACCCAGUACCCCAGAGCAGAAGGUACUCCUUAUCUCUUAACUGAUGGACAUUGGUAUGUUGCUGAAAAAAUUCUAGAGUUCUUUGAACUAUUUUAUGAUUCUACUGUUGUCUUAUUUGGUGUUUACUAUCCCACUGCUCCACUUAUAUUGUAUAAUCUCAUUGAAAUUGCUGGACAACUUAAAAAUUAUGAAAAUGACAGAAUGCUUAGAGAUGUGGUAAUUCCUAUGAAAUCUAAAUACCUUAAGUACUGGAAUGACAUACCUCUGCUUUAUUCCAUUGCAUUCAUCAUGGAUCCUAGAGCUAAAAUAAAAGGUUUUAGCAAUGCUCUCAGGCUGCUCUCUAGUUUAACUGGUACUGACUAUUCUGCUUAUUUUACCUCUGUGAGAGCUGCUAUGUCUGACAUGUUUGGCAAGUAUGAAAGCAAGUUUGGUUCUAUUAGAUUGGCAAGGCCUACACAUAAACCUUCUACUGGUAAGAGAAAAGCUCAAUGGGGUAAGAUCUUUGGUGAUGGUUCUACUUCUACUACUUCUCCUGGGUCUGGUCUUGGCAGUGUUGGUACUGGUGGCUCUUUUACUGUUCCUCUUGGUAGAAUGACAUCUGCAAGUGCUUUGCUGCAAGCAGCAAGCACUGGUGAAUCUACAUUUAGUCUAACUGGCAGGAUCAUAGAGGAGAGGAUGCGUCAGUUGAAGCCAGAGAUGGUAGAAAUGCUCACAUGCAUCAAAGACUGGGAGGCUGCAGAUGAAAGAGCUCAGCACAUGGUGGAGGAUGGAGACCUGCAGGCAGCUUAUGAAGAUCAGUACCUUGAUGAAACUCCAGCACAAGCUGCUGUGUAA